AGGCACACAAAUAGUGUUGUAAGCAGACCAAAGUCAAGCCGACCGGCUUGCAAAAAUCGCGUUGCCCGCGCAGUUUUCUUUUUGUUGAUAUCGGGUGCUGAACCAAGCGACAGUGGCUCUGCAAAACAAGCAAAAGAAAAAGCUGGAAAUCUGUGGAAGUAAAUACAAGUCAUUUUUGAGAACCUAUCAGUCCGAGCAGUAGAACUCCAUAAUGCCGCGUGUCAAGGCCGUGAAAAAACAAGCAGAGGCGUUGGCAUCUGAACCCACUGACCCCACUCCAAAUGCCAAUGGGAAUGGAGUCGACGAAAACGCAGACUCUGCCGCUGAGGAACUCAAGGUGCCGGCAAAAGGAAAGCCGCGCGCGAGGAAAGCCACCAAGACGGCUGUAUCUGCGGAAAACUCCGAGGAAGUCGAGCCACAAAAGGCGCCCACUGCAGCCGCGCGUGGCAAGAAGAAGCAGCCGAAGGAUACAGACGAAAACGGCCAGAUGGAGGUGGUGGCCAAGCCGAAGGGACGCGCCAAGAAGGCAACUGCAGAAGCAGAACCAGAACCCAAAGUCGAUCUACCAGCUGGAAAGGCAACUAAGCCACGUGCCAAAAAAGAGCCCACUCCUGCUCCUGACGAAGUGACGUCUUCACCGCCUAAGGGACGCGCUAAGGCUGAGAAACCAACGAAUGCCCAGGCCAAAGGACGGAAGCGAAAGGAGCUGCCGGCAGAAGCAAAUGGAGGGGCCGAGGAAGCAGCAGAGCCGCCGAAACAACGGGCAAGAAAGGAAGCAGUACCAACGUUAAAGGAGCAAGCUGAACCAGGGACAAUAAGCAAAGAGAAGGUGCAGAAAGCUGAGACAGCUGCCAAGCGGGCACGCGGAACCAAGCGUUUGGCAGAUUCUGAGAUCGCAGCUGCUCUCGAUGAGCCGGAAGUGGAUGAGGUGCCGCCAAAGGCUGCUAGCAAGCGAGCAAAGAAGGGAAAGAUGGUUGAGCCAUCGCCCGAGACUGUAGGAGAUUUUCAAUCAGUACAAGAAGAAGUGGAAUCGCCUCCAAAAACUGCAGCUGCACCCAAGAAACGCGCCAAGAAAACAACCAAUGGUGAGACUGCGGUAGAACUUGAGCCAAAGACCAAGGCAAAGCCCACUAAACAGCGCGCUAAGAAGGAAGGCAAGGAGCCAGCACCCGGGAAGAAGCAGAAGAAAUCCGCCGAUAAGGAAAACGGUGUAGUUGAAGAAGAAGCCAAGCCCUCUACUGAAACCAAGCCAGCUAAAGGACGGAAAAAGGCUCCAGUCAAGGCAGAGGAUGUCGAAGAUAUUGAGGAGGCAGCAGAGGAAAGUAAACCAGCUCGAGGCCGAAAAAAGGCGGCUGCGAAGGCUGAAGAACCCGAUGUCGAUGAGGAGAGUGGAUCGAAAAGUAUGUUAGCGGAGCAAUCCGGCUGCGGUGGAGCUGCCGUAUUAAAAAGCUUGCAAACCAUGCUCAACUUUUGUUUUCCAGCCACCAAAAAAGCCAAGAAGGCCGAGACCAAAACCACUGUAACAUUGGAUAAAGACGCUUUUGCCUUGCCAGCAGACAAAGAAUUCAACUUGAAAAUCUGCAGCUGGAACGUGGCCGGUCUGAGGGCCUGGUUGAAAAAGGAUGGUCUGCAGUUGAUUGACCUCGAGGAACCAGACAUUUUCUGCCUGCAGGAAACCAAGUGCGCAAACGAUCAGUUGCCAGAGGAGGUGACCCGACUGCCGGGAUAUCAUCCCUAUUGGCUGUGCAUGCCAGGAGGCUAUGCCGGCGUCGCUAUUUACAGCAAGAUAAUGCCCAUACACGUGGAAUACGGCAUUGGCAAUGAGGAGUUCGACGAUGUCGGGCGCAUGAUUACGGCUGAGUACGAAAAGUUUUACUUGAUCAAUGUGUACGUGCCGAAUUCAGGCCGAAAGCUGGUUAACUUGGAGCCCCGCAUGCGCUGGGAAAAGCUCUUCCAGGCGUACGUGAAGAAACUGGACGCUCUAAAACCGGUGGUCAUCUGCGGCGACAUGAACGUUUCCCAUAUGCCCAUUGAUCUGGAAAACCCGAAGAAUAACACCAAGAAUGCCGGCUUCACCCAGGAGGAGCGUGACAAAAUGACAGAGCUGCUGGGCCUCGGCUUUGUGGACACGUUUAGGCAUUUAUAUCCCGAUCGCAAGGGCGCCUACACCUUCUGGACAUACAUGGCCAAUGCGCGAGCACGCAACGUUGGAUGGCGUCUGGACUAUUGUCUCGUCUCGGAGAGAUUCGUGCCCAAGGUGGUGGAGCACGAGAUACGCAGCCAAUGCCUUGGAAGCGACCACUGCCCGAUCACAAUAUUCUUCAAUAUAUAAGAUGUACACUUCGUUUGUGUUUAAAUGUACUUCUGGAUUCGUCAUUAUUACUUUGUUUCCUCUCCAUAUAUGGUUUUUAUUGUAUUUGAUUAUCCAUCGCUGUAGAAAUUGUACGUCCCUAUCUAAUCAUUUCAAAAUGCCAUUACUCUAUUACAUUCUGUCAUAGAUCCACCAUCAAAAUUCGUAUUUUUUUAAUAAAGUGAGCUACUGCCCCACGUU